CUUUCCCAGGGCUAUGGCCCCGAAGGAUGGUCAGGGAGAGAGAAGCUGCUCACAGGGGCCUCUGUGAGGAGACUCGGAGUUGCUGCAGCUGAGACUGGAGCCAUGAGGCGCCCCCCGGGGAAUGGAGAAGUGGCCGGCAAGGGUCCUGGUGGCCGGGGCCUAUGGGGAAUCCAGGAGUCCAGGAGGCUGUGCUGUGCUGGUCCUGACCGCUGUGGGCAGGCCUUGCUGCACAUUGGGAUCAACAUGAUGGCACUGCCUGGAGGCCGCCACUUGGGCUCCAUCCCCCUACCAGGGCAGCGGCUGCACCUGAUGCAAGUGGAUUCGGUCCAGCGCUGGAUGGAGGACCUGAAGCUCAUGACCGAGUGUGAGUGCAUGUGCGUCCUGCAGGCAAAGCCCAUCGGCCUGGAGGAGGAUGCACAGGGCGACCUUAUCCUGGCAGGAGGCCCUGGCCCGGGAGACCCCCUGCAGCUGCUGCUCAAGCGGGGCUGGGUCAUCAGCACUGAGCUGCGCAGGAUUGGGCAGAAGCUGGCCCAGGACCGCUGGACGCGUGUGCACAGCAUGAGUGUGCGCCUCACCUGCCACGCCCGCUCCAUGGUCAGCGAGUACAGCGCUGCCAGCAGGAGCUCCUCGCAGGAAAUGGGCCAGAUUGAGAAGCUGCUAAUGGAGAAAUGCUCAGAGCUCUCAGCAGUCACGGAAAGGUGCCUCCAGGUAGAGAACGAGCAUGUCCUGAAGUCGAUGAAGGCCUGUGUGAGUGAGACCCUGAGCACGCUGGGCCAGCACUUUGGCCAGCUGCUGGAGCUGGCCCUGACACGGGAGGUGCAGGCCCUGGUGAGAAAAAUUGAUGCCUCAGACAAUAUCUACACCAUGGAGUCCACUACAGGGAACCUGUUCAGCCUGACCCAGGAGGGAGCUCCCUUGUGCCGCAUCAUAGCCAAGGAGGGUGGCGUGGUAGCGCUCUUCAAGGUUUGCCGGCAGGACAAUUUGAGGUGCUUGUACCCCCAGGCUCUCCGCACGCUGGCCUCCAUCUGCUGCGUGGAAGAGGGUGUCCACCAGCUGGAGAAGGUGGACGGCGUUUUGUGCUUGGCUGACAUCCUGACCGAUGAUAGCCACUCAGAGGCCACGCGGGCUGAGGCUGCUGCAGUGGUGGCUCAGGUCACCUCCCCACAUCUGCCCUUCACUCAACACCUCAGUAGCUUCCUGGAGAGCAUGGAGGAGAUUGUGACAGCCCUCAUCAAACUGUGCCAAGAGGCCUCAUCAGGGGAAGUCUUCCUGCUGGCCUCUGCGGCCCUUGCCAAUAUCACCUUCUUUGACACAAUGGCCUGUGAGAUGCUAUUGCAGCUCAAUGCCAUCCGCGUCCUCCUGGAAGCCUGUGGUGACAAGCAGAGAGUGGACACGCCUUACACCCGGGACCAGAUUGUGACCAUCUUGGCAAACAUGUCUGUCCUAGAGCAGUGUGCCUCUGACAUCAUUCAGGAGAAUGGGGUCCAGCUUAUCAUGGGCAUGCUGUCUGAGAAGCCGAGAUCUGGGACUCCUGCUGAGGUGGCAGCCUGCGAGCGGGUCCAGCAGAAAGCUGCAGUGACCCUGACCCGGCUCAGCCGAGACCCAGACGUGGCACGGGAGGCCGUGCGGCUCAGCUGUAUGUCCCGUCUCAUCGAGCUCUGCAGAUCCCCAGCAGAGAGGAACAGCAGUGACGCUGUGCUCGUGGCUUGCCUGGCUGCUCUGCGCAGGUUGGCUGGAGUGUGCCCUGAAGGCCUCGAGGACUCUGACUUCCAGCAGCUGGUCCAGCCUCGCCUGGUGGACUCCUUCUUACUCUGCAGCAACAUGGAGGAGAGUUUCGUAUAGCGGGGAUGGAGAGGAAAGGCACCCAGCCACGCUCACGCUUCCUCUGAGUGCACACCUGUGAACACACAUGUUCACCCACCAGCUCUCCGCACCUCCUUAUUUAUAGUUAAUUUAUUUUUACCUGAAAAAUACAGACAGUGAAAUUGAAUGAAAUCUUAGCACGAUACCAUCAAACAAUCUUGGGAGUCUUUUUGUUCUUAUUUUUUGACUUCCGUGGCUUGUCAGUUACAGAUGUUGAAAUGCAUACUGGCUAAGACAACAGAUUGUCACGGGCUAUUUCACUUCGUCUUAUUUACUCUUACAGGAAAUCUUAAUCUUGACUCAUUUAUUUGUAACUUUUGAACCAGAGUAUUUUAACUGCCUAGCAGUUUUUUUUUUUUAAGUUGUAUUUGCUCUCUCUCAAAAUUUAAAAUGAAUUUCAUGGUUGGACAGAAUAUACUAAAAGUCUUUUUUCUUUAAUAAAUGGAAUCAUGCAAAAUGUGUCCUGAGUUUUCUGAUU